AUGAACAAUAAAGAUCAUAAAAUGAUAGAAGAUUCCCCAUUUAAAAGCAAUAUCAAAAAUAAUAUGAAGAAGAUUUAGCAUAAUGGAGAUGAUGAUGAUGAACUAAAUUAAGACAAUGAUGAUAAAUCUUGCAAAGCUCAAAGCUUUAAAUCAUAACUGUCAAUGUCUCCAUUCAUUUAAAAAAUAACAAAUAAUGGUGAAUCAAAUGAUCUAUCUAUAAAUAUGGCUAAUGAAAAAGAAACAUUAGCUCUAGAUGAAAGAUCUGCUGAUUAAAAUAGUAAAAUCAUAAAAAACUCCUUAAGCCUACAUAAUGGUAAUGCAAUUAUUAAUGAAGAUAUAAUAUUGCACUAAGAUACUAAAGAGGUUGAUUAAUCCUAAUUAAAAGAUAAAUUUAACAGCUAAAAUGUCAGUUAUAUUAAUGACAAAAGUACUCAUGGUUUGAUGGAAUAUCCUUAAAAGAACUUUAUUAGAGUUGGAGAUUCUAUAAAGCCAAUUAGAAAUAGAAGAUAAAUGGUCAAACAAGAUUUCAAUCAAAAGAAUCAGCAUAAUUUUGAAUGA